CCGCCGCCGGCUAUAAAACCCCCCGGGCCCGGGGCAGGCAGGGCCAGGCGAGCGGCCGCGGACCGGCGGAGGAUGGAGGGCGGCGGGACGGGGCGCGGCUGCCCCCGCUCGCCCUCGGCCGCCCUGAUCCCGCAGCGGUACCCGCCCCUCUCCUCCGCCUCUCCCCGGUGCGGGGCGCGGCCCAGCCCUGCCCCGGCCGUCCCGCCCUCGUCCCGCAGGUCCGCGCCCUUCUGGAGGCCCUGGGUGCCCGAGGCGGGCCGGCCGAGCGGCCCCGGCCCCGCGGCGCCUCGCAGCCCCCGCGGGCUGGCCGAAGCCUCCCGCAAGCUGGCGCAGUACACGCACCCCGUCAGACUAUUUUGGCCCAAAUCAAGGUGCUAUGAUUACUUGUAUCAGGAAGCUGAAGCACUUCUGAAAAACUUUCCAGUUCAAGCUACAAUUUCCUUUUAUGAAGACUCAGAUAGCGAAGAGGAUGAAGAUGAACUGGAACAAGACUGAAGAACAGAAUCAGAUUGCUGA